GAUUAAUAUGAGAUUUAUUAUGAGUGGCUGGUUUGCGAAUGGCUUCAUGAAUUGAAUGCGGACCGAGUCUUGAUGCAGAGGACAAUAGGAACGUCCGUAGUAUUGUGAGCACGUCUAUUGAGACCCUCCUAUGGAACAGGCUACAUAUUCCGUCCAGCGGAUAGACAGCUGAAUCCAUCACCUCCACCAUCGCUAAAGACUCCCUCCGAAUUCUCGACCGUCCCAUCGCCAAACCAUCCUCCACAGUCCCCAACCCCCACCAUCCAUCACCAUGAUCGAACUCCUCCUCUACGGCACCAUCCCCUCCUCCCGCCACCUCCAACUCCUCAACAUCCUCGCCGCCCACACCGCCAUGAGCCCCGUCCCGGACAACUCCCACAACGUCCUCCUCCGCCCCGCCAAACCUCCCCCCGCCAAACCAACCCACCUCGGCGGCUCCCAGGACAUCCGUACCGCCCGCUCCCCUAGCCGCGCCGGCGCUCCCCCCGAGCAGCUGUCCAUCUGCCGCGUGUCGAAGGAACUCGGGCCCGCGGGUCGCUCGGACCGGUCGCGGCGGACGUCACGGCAGGAGGAUGCGACGGGACCGGAGGCGGGGACGGAGAGCAGCGCGGUGGAGCUGGGGAAUUCCAUGGAGGUGAAGUUCGCGGGGAAAGAUAAGACGAGCGGGAUCUGGACGAUGCGCGUGGAGGAGGUGCCGGAGCCGGGGCAGCGGCCGGUGGUGGUUCGGACGGUGGUGGAGACGACGCGGAUCGAAGGGGAUAUAGGCGCGUGGGCGGAGGGGAUGGGGUAUGAAUUCAUUUCCCAUCACGUCCUCAGCGGCCACCACCUCGUCCAUGGCAACCUCCUCAUCCGCAUCCAUCGCGUCUCCCUCCUCCCGAUGCCGACCGUGCUCGCAUCGCUACCAAACGACGCAUGUCUGCAGCUGGCGGAGCUGCCGCUGCUGGAUCCGGCGGGGACGUAUACCCUGGAGGUGUCGGUCCGCACUAUGGACAAGGCGAAGCCGGAGCUGAUCCAGGCGGCGACGGCGGAGCUAGAGGCGUUCCGCGCGGAGAUGAAGGGCGUGGUGGCGUUGAGUGUGCCGGAUCGGUUGGCGAUGGAUACGAGGGUGCGGUGAGGUGGUGGGAGGGAGGAUUUCCAUGGGACGUUUCCUUGGAUGGCUGGAGCAGCUGCUUAUGAGGACUGAUCCGUUCCAAAAGCGCAAUCAAUGACCAAACUACAAGCAAGAUUUCUAAACCUCAAUCACAAAUUCACGUCCUGAACAACACCUGAA